UUUUUCAAAUAAAAACAAUGACAGCUGAGAAGCCAAUAAUUUUUUGUUAAAAUAAUACAUAGGACAACUUAAUAAAUAAAUAAACAUUAAAACACAAGUAUUUGAUUAUAAAAUUUAAUUCGUCCAGAAAAAGGAAGCUAUAAAAAUGUCUGGAUUAAUUGAUAAAAGAAAACGCAGUCGUGAAGAUGAUGUAUUGUGUGAAUCAACACCAUUGUCUAAGCGUAUUAAUAAUUUACACUUAUCUAAUUUUGAAGAGGCUCAAUAUAAUCAACAACUACAAAACACCAAUGCUCAUCACAACAACAAUCAUUUGCAACACUUAACCAAAGAUAUGAUGACGGCAGAAUCUUCUGCUCUAAAACCUAUGACUGCCGAUAAAAAUAUGUAUGAACCAGAAUUAGAUGAAUCUCAGAAUCCGUUUUAUUAUGUAAAAAAUAAACUCUUACACGAUUUACAUUUGGAACGCAUGAAAAGAUGUUCAGUGUAAAAAUGUAAACAAAGCAGCUAUUGAAUAUUAUUUUGCACUAUGGUAUUUUUUUUGUAAUCCUAAUGAGUGUAGUCGAUUAAUAAAUGAUGUUUUUGAAGGAGUUUAUAUAUAAGAUGUUAUGAAUAA